GGACUUGCUUCCGGUGGCGGCUAGUGUCGGGCCAUGGCUGCCCUCCUCCGAGCCCCGCCGAGGCUUGGGGGACCCGCUGUUGCCUGGGGAAGGCCCCUCUGUGCGCUCUGGUGCUUAGGCCGCAGGCCGCCCACUUCCGCAGCGAAACAACCAGGCCUCGAGUCUGAGAAAUUCCAGAUGGUCUACCGUUUCGAUUCCAUCAGAGUCUUUGGGUUCGUGUCACGGAUGAAGCUGGCACAGACCGCCCUGACAGUGGUGGCGGUGCCUCCGGCCUUCUACUGGUACUCCCAGGGACUCUUGACACACACCUCUAUGUGCAUGGCGUGUGGGGUGGCUGGCUUCGCCCUGAGUAUGCUCUACUGGAUGAGCUAUUUUUUCCGGAGGCUGGUGGGCAUCCUGUACGUGAAUGAGUCUGGCACCAUACUGCAGGUGGCACACCUGACCUUCUGGGGCUGGCGGCAGGAUACAUACUGUCCUGUGGUGGAUGUGGUGCCCCUGACAGAGACCCAGGAUCGGCCCCAGGAUCUUUUUAUUCGCAUCCGGCAGUACAGCGGGAAGCAGACCUUCUACCUCACCCUCCGCUAUGGACGCGUCCUGGACAGAGAGCGGUUCUCACAGGUGUUUGGGACACUGGCCACACUUAAGUGAGCAUCGGCGCUAGGCUUCUGGGCCUUGUCCUGGGUCCCCUGAAUCUCUGACAAGGCUGACCCAGGGGGCUCCUGGAGACUUCAUCUUGAGAUGAAGAAAUCCACAAGGCUUAGAGAAAGGCCCUUGGAGGAAAAAAACACCUUAACCACACUUGCUCACGAUAUAUUCAGGGAAUGGCUAGAAGCUUCUGUGAAGGGGCAGUUGUAGGAGGGAGGGUGGCCAAGUUCAUAUUACUGAUAGCCUGCCACUAAGAAACCAAAGGCAGGGGUGUGGCAGGCAGGAUCUGGAAUCAGGAAACAUCAGAGACUGAGCAGAGGUUCCCUGGGCUGGGGCAGGGCCUGCCUGCCUGCCUGCCUCCCUCCCUCCCUCCUUUCCUUCCCUCCCUUUCUACCUU